UUCACUCACUAAGCAAGCUAGUUCAAGUAGCGACAUAAGAAGUGAUGUUUAAAUAAUAGCAUCUUCUCUUUACUUUCUAGUAGAUUCUUUGAGCUAAAUUAAGUAGAGACAGUAUCAGCCUUCGCCCUUCUGUCACAAGAUUGGAAAAAAAUGUAUAAUCCCAUACUAGCAAAGAGCUUUAGUCACUAUGAAAGAAAAACACUUGGAUGGUAUGCUUUUGUUGUAAUGUUGAUUGUUGUGUUUAGCAGUUGCAUGGUUUUCAAGAACCAUUUGUAUCCUCAAUCAGUUAAUGGUGAUGCCAUGAAUUUACAAUUAUCUUUAAAUGCUGCUGAAGACAUGCUUGUGAUCAAGGACACAACCCUUCUCAAGAAAUUAGAAACAGAGACAAAGGAUACAGAGCCAAUGUGUAACUGUAAUGUGUUUGAACCAUUGUCUGAUUACUGUGAGACUAAAGGGGACAUAAGGGUUCAAGGAAAUUCCUCAUCAAUUUUUGUUAUGUCUCAUGAUUUCAACAUCUCAGCUAAAAACAAUUCAUGGACCAUAAAACCUUAUGCAAGAAAAGGGAGUGCAGGGGCAAUGUCAAGUGUUAAAUCUUGGACAGUAAAAUUAGUACAAGACGGCGAAAAAAUCCCAAAAUGCAGUAUCUAUCAUGGCUAUCCAGCAGUUUUAUUUUCACUUGGAGGCUAUUCAGGAAACCAUUUUCAUGAUUUCUCAGAUUUACUCGUCCCAAUCUUUUCAAAUUCGCAACAUUUUGACUCAGAAGUGCACUUUCUUGCCACGGAUUAUAAGCCUUGGUGGAUAGGUAAGUACAGAACAUUGCUUAACAACAUGUCUAAGCACAAAAUUCUUGACAUUGACAAUGAAAACAAGGUACAUUGCUUUCCUAGUAUGACAACAGGCCUUAAAUCUCACAAAGAAUUCGGGAUUGAUUCCUCAAAAUUCCCAAAUAUGGUGUCAAUGCACGAUUUCAGACAUUUCUUAAGGAGCUCAUUUUCUCUAAAGAGAGUUGAGGCCAUCAAGAUUAAGGGUGAUAUUGCUACGAGGCCACGUUUGCUGAUUAUAUCAAGGAAAAAAUCACGAAUUUUGUUAAAUGAGGGGGAUGUCAGAAAAAUGGCUGAAGAUUUGGGGUACGAGGUUGUCCUGGCUGAGGCUAACCUUAGUACAAAUUUGUCAAAAUUCGCGCAAAUUGUUAAUUCUUGUGAUGUGAUAAUGGGAGUUCAUGGAGCUGGAUUAACCAACAUGGUUUUCCUCCCAGAUAAUGCUGUUUUAAUUCAGCUAGUUCCAUUAGGAGCAAUGGAUAAUUUGGCUAAACGUGAUUUUGGGGACCCUGCAGGAGAAAUGAACAUAAGGUACUUGGAUUAUAAAAUAGGUGGGCAUGAGAGUUCUCUAAUGGAAAAAUAUCCACUUAAUCAUAAAGUUUUUAAAGAUCCAUCAUCAUUUCAUAGGAAAGGAUGGGAUGUAUUUAGAUCAAUUUAUUUGGAUAAGCAGAAUGUAAAAGUUGAUCUUAAUAGGUUUAGGUCCACUUUGUUAGAAGCUAAAAAGCUUCUAGCCACUUCUUAAUUUUUUGCACUAUAGCGUACAUGUUCCAAAUUUCGUCUGUUGUGUAAUGGCAUUUUUAUCUACUUGA